AGUGACACCAGCCACACUGGAGGCUAGGUGUGUGUGGACCGACACAGGUGAUUUCUGCUCCCCACGCUUGCAAUUCACAGCGGGAUGUUCACUCGCAGGGGGCAUGGAGACGUCAAGAAAUCUACACAGAAAGUUCUGGACCCAAAGAAGGAUGUGCUGACCCGGCUCAAACACCUGCGGUCCCUGUUAGAUAUCUACGACAAGAGUGACCUGAAGGCGUUCUUCGAAAGCAACUGUUCUCAGAUUUAUUUUAUCUUCUAUGAAAAUUUCAUUACACUGGAAAGCAACCUUAAACAAAAAGGGAACAAAUCUCAAAGGGAGGAGCUGGACUCCAUCCUCUUUAUUUUUGAAAAAAUCCUGCAACUUCUGCCUGAGAAAAUCUACAAUCGGUGGCAGUUCCACAGUAUAGGUUCUAUUCUCAAAAAGCUUCUUCACACUGGAAAUUCAUUCAAGAUUCGCUGCGAGGGGAUCCGGCUUUUUCUUUUGUGGCUGCAGGCCCUGAGGGACAACUGUGCUGAGGAGCAGUUCCUCAUCUUUGCCACUCUGGUGCCAGGGUUCCCUGCCGUGCCCUCCACCAGAGGGCCCUGUACACUGGACACAAUCAUCUACAACCCUUUCUCGAACCCCCCCGAUGCUAAAGUGGUGCCUGAAGAAAUCACCCCGCUCGUCCCUGCGGUGGUGGGAGAAAAACUGGCAGAUGACCAGACGUGUUUCAUCCUCGAGACCCUGCUGAAGUACAUGGUCAUUCAGGCAUCCAGUUUAGAAUGGAAGAACAAAGAAAACCAGAACACGGGCUUCAGGUUCCUCUUCAGCCUGUUCAAAAAGUACUACCUUCCACAUCUGUUCCCCUCCUUCACCAAGCUCACAAACCUCUACAAGCCUUUAUUAGACCUCCCACACCACAGACCAAAACCCUUGUACGUGCCAGUCACGCGGAACAACGAAAGCACCUUCUGCACCAGGGACCAGUACCUCGCUCCGCGCGUGGCCUUCAUCACUUGGCUCGUCACCUUCUUCCUGGAGAAGAAGUACGUCAACAGUGCCGCCGUGGCGCAGAGCGCCAAGAACGGCACGGAGGUCAUUCCUAAACUCAUCCAGACUGUCACUGCAGGCGGUAGCAGCCAGGAGAAAGAGAAGGAGAAGGAGAAAACAUCGGAGGGGGACGCGAACGCACCAGCAGGGGAGCCCGAGAAGAGCCACUCCAACAGCAGCACGCUGUCAGAUCGACGGCCCAGUGAUUCCAGUAUAUGUAGCAUCGACGAGGAGCACCGCCAUGUCUAUGAAAUGGUGCACGGCAUCCUGCUCUCCACCAGGGACAAUGUGAAUUUUGUUAACGAGGUCUUCCACCAGGCUUUUCUACUGCCAUCUUGUGAAGCAUCAGCAACAAGGAAGGUGAUUAAGGUUUACAGGAAGUGGAUACUCCAGGAAAAGCCCAGUUUCAUGACGGAGCCUGAGGCAAACACCCGGGAGAGUGAAGUGGACGGAGGCCCUCAGCAGAUCCACAGCACUGUAUGUAUAUAUAUGUAUGUGAAGGCAAUGGAGAGUCAUGGACACAAGCGGACGUCCAGCUGGGGGAGGACGUACUCUUUCAGCAGUGCCAUCAGCCGGGGCUUUCUCACCGAGGAGGAGAACAGAGACGUUAAGGCUGGCAUCCAGCCCACGCUACAGGUGUUCCUGACCAACUCAUCCAACGUGUUCCUCCUGGAGCCAUGUCAGGAUGUUCCUAAACUCCUAGAUAACCAGGUUGAGGUGUGCAAGGGUGUCCUUAACAUCUAUCGUCACAUGAUCAUGGAGCACACCAUGAACACGCAGACCUGGGAGCAGUUGCUGCAGGUGCUGCUGCGCAUCACGGAGGCGGUGAUGAAACGACCGCAGGAAAACCAAAGAAAAGACAGCUUCGCUGAGAGACUGGCGUCCGUGCUUUUCAGGACCAUCAUCGUGGCGUGGGUACGAGCCAACCUGUCCGUAUUUAUUUCCCGGGAGCUCUGGGAUGAGCUGCUGGCGGUGCUCUCUUCUCUUACCUGCUGGGAGGAGCUGGUGACGGAGUGGGCCAGCAUCAUGGACUCUCUGACUGUGGUGUUGGCACGCUGCGUCUACGGUCUGGACAUGGCCAACCUGCCGCUGGACAAACUCAGUGAACAGAAGGAGAAGAAGCAGAGAGGACGGGGAGUGAUCCAGGACUCCCAGAAAUCGGCGGUGGCGCGUUCUUUCUCACUCAGCUGGAGGAACCAGGUUGAGCAGUGCGGUCAAGGGGCCCAGGAGCCCAUGAGGAUCCGCUCGGCCACUACAUCAGGAGCUCCUGGUGUGGAAAAGGCCCGGUACAAUGUGAGACAGAAAGCCUCUGCUAAGCGAAGCCAGUCCAUCAGCAACUGUGUUCAUCUAUACGAGGCUUUGCCCACUACUAAAAGUGUUCCUAUGCUGCUCCACACUGUGAGCUCUUUCUUGCCUGGUAUCUCUUCUGGUAACUCUGCUUGCUCUCACAGACUCUCAGACCUGGAGGAGUGUCAGUUGUCAGAAUGUGGCGGGGAGGAGGAGCUGGGAGCCGGGGAUAGCCCCCUGCCACGUAGCAGCAGCACCUCUGACAUCACACAACAGCUGUCUGAAACCCUGCCAGCCCAGAAAAGAGAGUGCUCCCCCGUGUCCUCUGGCUCGGACAGCAGGACGUCUGACGGCCGCAGAGAAAGCUUUGAACCCCCGGUGAUCCACAUCCGGCGAAGCAGCAGCGCAGCUGAGACGGAGGACGGACACGUCACCUACACCAGGGUUAAGCUCAGGGAGAAAAGUGAAAGUGUAAGCAGUGAGACGUCCAAUGGCUACCUCAAUGAAGCGGAGGUGACUUUUGACGAAGAGGCUGACUCACAGUCAGCCCACAUGGAUGUGACGGCCGACCCCCGCAGUGAGGGCAGUCUGCUGCUCAGCCACACUGACGCCCUGGCAGGUUCUGAAUGUGCCUCCCCCACCCACUCUGCCCCCCCGACCUACCACUACCACUACCCUCUGAACCCCCCCUCCUCACCAGCCCUGCUGGUGCACACAGAGUGCCCGCGGGACUGCCCCCUGGACGACACCAUGCAUCAGUCUGUCUUACACAUGCCACGUCACCUCGACAGCAGCGAGUGUCUGGCCGACGAUGUCAGCAUCAUCGCUGGUGGGACGCUGGCUGGUUGGCAUGCUGAUUCAGCCUUUGUCCUCUGGAGGAGGAUAUUGGGUAUUCUAGGAGACGUCAACAGCAUCAGCUGCCCCAGAAUUCAUGCCAAGGUCUUCUCCUACCUCUAUGAGCUCUGGCACAAACUGGCCAAGAUCCGGGACAACCUUGGUAUAAGUCUGGACAAUCAGUCUUCUCCCCCGCAGCCUGCCUUCAUCCCACCGCUGCGCAUGUUGGCGUCCUGGCUCUUUCGGGCCACGAUGCUGCCAGUUGAAUAUAAGGCUGGCAAACUGCAGGCGUACACACUGAUCUGUGAGAUGAUGACCAGGCACCAGGACCUGCUGCCCAACAGUGAUUUCUUAGUUCAUCUCUACUACGUCCUCCAUAAGGGCUUCACAAGCGACGACCAGGAUGUUCUGAACACCAUCAUCCGCUCCUGCUCCCCCCGCUUCUUCUUCCUGGGUCUGCCAGGCUUCACCAUGCUGGUUGGUGAUUUCAUCAGUGCCGCCACCAACGUUCUCAGCUCCGUUUUCCCAGAGGCUCCUAAAAUGGAGGCUCAGACUCUGCUCGGUUCUCUGGUGUGUUUCCCAAACCUUUACCUCCAGAUUCCUGUUCUUAAACAUGUGCCAGGGUCUGAGGAGAUUAUGGGAGGACGGAAUGAUAUCAAGGAACAUAUGGUCCACAUCCUGUUCGAAACCGCGACACGAGAACCCAGCGAGGGAGCCAGGUGCAUCGCCAUGUGUAGUCUGGGCCUGUGGGUGUGUGAGGAGCUGAUACAAAAGAACAUUCACCACAAGGUCAAAGAUGCCAUCAACAUCUUGGGAGUAACACUAAAGUUCGGGAACAAAGCCGUGGCUCAGGUCGCCUGUGACGCCUUUCAGCUGCUCACUUCUCACUGGGAACAUCUGAAGAGGCUGGAGUCGGCGCUGCCCAAAAAAAUCAUCGAGAUCUUUGUGGCCACAAUAGCCUUUUUGUUGCCGAGCGCCGAGCACUCAACGGUGGAAGCAGACAAAAAGCUGCUGGUGUCGCUGCUGCUUUGCCUGUUAGACUGGUGUAUGGCUGUUCCCCUGAGCAUCCUGUUGGAACCCAUCACCAUGUCUUCAGUGGAGGACCGCAUGUCCCACAAAGCCCCACUGUUGGACUAUAUUUACAGGGUGCUGCACUGCUGUGUCUCUGGUUCCACGCUGCACACCCAGCAGAGCCACUACCUCCUCACCUUGUCCGACCUGUCGUCCGACUACGACCUCAUGUUGGGUCAGGUUAAAAAUUGCGCCCCGCCGCUGUCCCAGUCGACUGCUACGGACUUUGGUAACCUGCUCACUGUAGCUGAAGAAAAGCGACGAAGGAACAUGGAGCUGAUUCCUCUGACAGCACGGAUGAUCAUGACCCACCUGGUGAACCAUCUGGGCCACCAUCCGCUGAGCGGCGGCCCCGCCCUCCUCUACAGCUUAGUGAGCGAGAACCACGACAACCCGUAUGUGGAGUCUUCUGAACUGUCCUCCGAGGUCUUCAAAAGUCCCAACCUGCAGCUGUUUGUCUUCAACGACAGCAUGCUGGUGUCGUACCUGCAGAUCCCCGCCGAGACGCCCGCGGUCGGCCAGCCCGCCUGCCCUCUGUCCCAACUGCGAGUCAUUGUCAGAGACAUCUCGGGCAAAUACACGUGGGACGGCACGAUUCUUUACUGCACCGGACAGGAGGAGGCUGACGACGCCGGAGUUUUUGACACGGUCGACCAACUUCUUUCCAACGCCGGACACCGCCGCUGUUCUCCAACCAGGCUCCCGCACAUGAAGAAACGAUUCUCAUUUUCAGACUCCGACUGUGAAGAAGAAGAGGUCGACGUUCUUGACAGACUACUGGACGACCUCGGUCACAGCAGCCCAGAAUGUUUGCCUCAACAGCAGCUGAGGGUCAACCAGCCCGCGCCCUCGCCCCACGGCAUGAACUUUGAGCAGGAGAGCGCCAUCGUGGAGGCGAUUCUACGGCAGGGGCAGCAGGGGAGGAGGAGGGGGGGGGCUGAUGUGAGUUUUCAGGCCGCCUGCCAGAAGGAACCCUCUGCCCAGGAACUCAAGUCUCCUUUCUACUACUGCCGUCUACUGCUUAACGACCUCGGAAUGAACUCUUGGGACCGCAGGAAAAGUUUCCACCUGCUGAAGAAAAACCCAAAGCUGCUGCGAGAGCUGAAGAAUUUGGAUUCCAGGCAGUGUCGAGAGACGCACAAAAUUGCUGUGUUCUACAUUGAAGAAGGACAAGAAGACAAAUGCUCCAUCUUGUCCAAUAACGCCGGCAGCAAGGCCUACGAAGACUUUGUGUCGGGACUAGGAUGGGAGGUGGAUCUAUCUACUCACUGUGGUUUCAUGGGAGGCCUUCAGAGGAACGGCAGCACCGGUCUCACUGCCCCCUACUACGCUACCUCUACCGUGGAAGCCAUCUUCCACGUCUCCACACGGAUGCCGUCGGAUUCCGACGACUGCCUCACUAAAAAGCUGCGUCACCUGGGAAAUGAUGAAGUGCACAUAGUGUGGUCGGAGCACACGAGGGACUAUCGGCGCGGCAUCAUCCCGACUGACUUCGGGGACGUCCUGAUUGUCAUCUACCCGAUGAAGAACCACAUGUAUUUCAUCCAGAUCAUGAAGAAGCCGCAGGUUCCUUUCUUCGGUCCAUUGUUUAACGGCGCCAUCAUCAGCGGGACGUUGCUGCCAAGCCUGGUGCGGGCCACCUGUAUCAACGCCAGCAGAGCUGUCAAAUCCCGUCUGACUCUCUACCAGAGCUUCUACGAGGAGCGAGCACUCUACUUGGAGGCCAUUGUCCAGAACCACCGAGAGGUCAUGACAUUUGAGGACUUUGCCUCGCAGGUGUUCUCCCCCUCUCCGAGCUACCCGCUAAGUGGGACAGGUUCCUUCACCGGCAGCACCAACACGGAGGCCGGUGCUCAGGCAUCGAACGCUGACGCCACCGUGGACCAGGUUUCUCCAACCAUGCCCCGCGCCACAAAGAACCGAGUGUCGGGAAAACUGCGGCGGUCAGCGAGCGCUAUUAGCAAAUCUUCCAACUGAGAUUUUCAGCCUUUUUUUUUGUUUGUUUUUCUUUCCUCCAGGAGGUGGCAGCAAACAGGAAGUGCUGCCACUUCCUGUUUUUUUUUAAGCCCAAACUGUUUCUUCUCUGAUACAUCUUGUGUCAUAUAAACAUGAAAACUGGAACUAAAUGCAAAUUUUAAAUCGUUGACUAUCGGUGAUACAUUUCUAUAAUUUGUGGUGUUUUUAACCGUGUAGACAGGGGGCGCACUUGAAACCAAGCUGUUAGGGUUCUUUCUGGGGGGGGUUUAGAACACGCGGCAUAGGAAGGGUUAAUUUCACUGCUAGGUUUUAGUUCAACACAUGUAAAAAUCAAGUUGUUUUUUUUUUGGGGGGGGGGUUUAUUUUUCUGAGCGCAGUGAUUCCCAACCGCUGUGCCGCGGCACAUUAUCGCGCUUUUGAAAAUGAUCCGAUUUCAAUCAAAAUAAUUAGUACUUUCUUGUUAAUGAAACUCUUCGACUAAGUGGAAGCAAAAGAAAAAAAGACGAAGUUCUGUGGAAGACGUUUUUUGUGUCUUUCUUCAAUUCCUGUGUUCAACUAAACGGGCCCAGGUUCACACUGAAGGAAAUUUUAGAAUGAAUUAAAAUCACAAUAUUUUAUAACCAGUAGUUUUUGUGGCAUUAUUGUUUGGUGGUGCAUUAUGGGAUUUCUUUUUGGGUUUUUUUUUGUGCCGCGGUUCAACAGAGGUUGGGAAACGCUGCGUUAGCGAAACAUCAUGUUCCUGCUGUGGUUCCUCACCUCGGAUCAACACUUAAUGCAACAAAAGGUCACUGAGGUCGCGGUCCGUUUGGACGAUGUCUCCGCCUUCUGACAUCGCCGCUCAACUGCCAGAACUUUUGCACGUCUCGGACACAGAGUGGACACAAAGCAGCCGUCGGCUGACCGUCCUCCUGGAGACAUCUCUGUGGUGUCUCUGUGCUGUCCUUCUUCUCUGGGCUGGGUUUUGUUUUUGUUUUUGUUUUGUUUUGUUGUUUUUUUAAUCACUCUAAUUUUCCAUUUUAAAUGGAUUCCGAUGGAUCGUGUCAUGAUUUGAUUUAUGCAGCUGCAGCGGAAUGAGAAAAGACUGCGAUUGUAAUUGUCUUCAGACGUCGUUAACGUGGGCUCACGUCCGGUAAUCGAAUAAGUUCCUGCUGUCUCUUUCCUCGGCCAUCAGUCCUCCUGUCCACUGAGGCUCGGACAUCGACAUUCCGACGUUCCCAAACGUCUUUUUUUUUUUGUUUGUUUUUUUGCACUUGCUGUCAUUGAUUCGGUAGAAUUUGUGUCUCGCUUUAAAUUUAUUCCCUGACGUUGUUUGUGUUUGACGUAGAGAGAGAGAGAGAGAAAUAUCUGAGGAAUUAUUUUAA